GACAGUCCCGCUGUCAUGUAUCUAUCUAUAGAAAAAAUCCACCAUGAAAUAGAUGCCAUUCUGGGGCCUUCUCAAGUGAUCACUUACGAGGAUCGGAACAGAUUACCCUACACGAACGCCGUGCUGCAUGAAAUCGUUCGUUACAGCAACGUUACGAUCGCUGGGCCCUUACGGACCUGCCUGAAGGACAUUGUUAUCAAGGGGUUCCCAAUUGGAAAGGGAACUCUUCUGCUGCCCAAUGCCCAUUCUGUUCUGUAUGACCCAGAGUGCUGGGAAACCCCUUGGAAAUUCAAUCCGGAGCAUUUCCUUGAUUCUGAAGGCAAUUUUGUGAACAAUGAAGCUUACUUACCAUUCUCAACAGGGCGACGUAUGUGUGUGGGGGAGCCCUUGGCCCGAAUUGAGCUCUUCGUUUUCUUCACCAACCUUCUCCGUUCGUUCAAGUACCAGCUCCCGCCAGAAGUAAAGGACGUCAGCUUUGAGGAAAUCACAGGGUCCACCCGCCAGCCCCUCCCGUAUACCCUCUGUGCUUUUCCACGCGAAGCUGCCUAAUGGCUCUUUCCUUCCAGGAACAGUUGACGGAGCAAGGGAGAAAGAUUUCUGUACCAUUUCAUGUCUUCUCACUUAAGCAUAGAUGUCCUCAAUAUUUCCUGGACCAUCUCUGUCCAUUUUGUUUGUCUUCAAAAUGCAUAAAGUGAAGCUACUUGGAGGCUGGACUAGAUGACCUACAAGCAGUGGUGGGAUUCAAAUAAUUUAACAACCGGUUCUCUGCUCUAAUGACCAGAUGGCUAGGCGUGGCUCGGUGGUCAUGUGACCAUGUGGGCGUGGCCAACUCAAUGUCACUCACGUCGAUGGGCGCUUCACUGUAGCUGUUACAAUGUAAUAACGGUUAACCAGAGAGGCAGUUUCUGUAAGCAGGGCAAUAAAGAUUAGGAUAGAAACACCACCAGAAUGUUUCCUUCCUGCCUUCCUUACAGGAUUAGCCCUGUAAAGUAGGAAAAAACAAAAUAAGAUUUCUUCCAACAACUGGUUCUCCAAACUGCUUAGAAAGUUAACCGGUUCUCCCGAAUAGGUGCGAACUGGUUGAAUCCCACCACUGCCUACAAGGUCCUUUCCGACUCUGUUAUUCUGUUAUACUCAGAAGCAAAUAUCUGUCAGUUCAAGCUUACUACUGUACAGGUAGUCUUCGACUUAGCAACCAUUUGUUUAGUGGCGAUUGAAGUUACGACGUCCCUGAAAAACAUGACUUGUGACCAUUUUUCAGAGUUAUGACCAUUGCAGCAUCCUCAUGGUUGCGAGAUCAAAAUUCGGAUGCUCGGCAACUGGUUUACAUAUACGACGGUUGCAGAGUCCUGGGGUUAUGUCAUCCCCUUGACGAAUGUAUCUUUUCUUUUAUGUACACUGAGAGCGUAUGCACCAAAGAAAAAUUUCUUGUGUGUCCAAUCACACUUGGCCAAUAAAAAAUUCUAUUCUGUUC